AUGCAACAACUACAAAAUUGUCUGCUUGAUAAAGACAUGAUUCUUUAAAGUGAUGGUACUCUAUAUAUUGGGACUUUUAACCAAUCACAUCUUGAAGGUUAUAGUUUAGUAAUCAAUCCAGAUGGAUGUAAUUUUAAGAUUAAUUCUUAGCCUAUUAUUAUGGAUUUUUUAAGAAAUCUAAACCUAAAGAUGUAGGUGUUUAUAAAUUAAAGAAUUCUUGUCUUAAAUUAUUUUGGGGAGAUGAUGAUACUAUCAAAUAUAUUCAAGAUAUUGAAAAUAUUGGCUUUUUACAUAAAAUUAUUUCUUUUAAGAAUAAUUGUUAUGGUAAUAAAUUACUCAUUAGAAUUAAUCCAUUAAGUUAUGGAGUUGCUAAAAACUAAAACUAUGAUGGAUUUACUGUUAUGCAUUAUAAAAAUGGUGAUAUUUACUAUGGCAAUGUCUAUAGAGGAAAAUACAAUGGAGAAGGCAUUCAUUUCAGUAAUUACCAAUAAGAAUGGUAUUGGAAUAAAUACACUCAUGGAAAAUUAAUAUCUCAUUAACUUUAUGGCAAGAAUCUUGUACCAAGAGAAUUGAUUAGUAAAUUAUAAUCAUUAAAUUAGGCAAACUCUUUAAUAAAUUAAAUUUUAAGCCUUCCUCAAUAAGUAUGGUAUCUCUUUCUAACAUACAAUAAUUAAUAAUCAAUUAAUUAUUACUCAAUAAUGAUUAAAAUCAUUUAUCUUUGGCAUCAACUAUUUAAAGUGCUCAUCAUUUUCACCAAGAAAACUUCUCAUAAAAUUUAAUUGAUGAUUAAGAUACUAAACAUAAAGAAGAAUUAGAGAUUUUACAAGACUCUUAAAUUAUUUCUGUAGAUUUAGAUCUUUAAAUUUAUAAUCAAAAUGAAUAUUCAGAAGAUAUAGAAGCUAAAUUAUCAAAGUGUUAAACUGAAGAAGCAUUAUUAAGAAUUGAGAAAUAAAGAUAAAAUAAAUUUUUAACAUAACCUUCUGAAUCAAAAUCUCCUAAAAAUAAUAAAUAAUAAAAAAUAACUUUAAAUACAAUGUAUUCAGCACCAAAACUUAAAAUUUAUAAGAGAUCUGUUUCGCCUGUUUUUACAACUAUUCGUCACUUAUUUUCAGUAAUCAGAAUUUGA